AUGGGUCAGCAUUUUCGGGACGAGACGCGUCAAUUUAUCGAAAGCAGUCUGGAUCUGGAUAGGAAACAGUCCAAUUAUAUCACCGACAACGCCAUUAUUUGCGGGUUUAGUCCUAUAGCAGAUUUUAUCCGAGAGGAAUAUGACGAAGAACAUAGGCUCACACUGGCAGAAGAGAUUGUGUUUGUCAUCAACAUGUCCAAGAUCGAACAGGAAAAUCGUCUUGGAACAGAUAUACCUUCAACCGACCAAUACCUGGCGUACCGGCUCGGAACAAACUUGAUGGGGGUGAUAUGCGCUGCAACAGAGCUUUCCACACACCUGCGGAUUCCCCGGUCAAUGACACGUAGUCCGUUGGUGAAGGACAUCUGGCACGAGACGAACCUUAUCAUCGCUGUCACGAAUGAUAUCCUGUCCCUCAAGAAGGAGAUCCAUAAAGGAGAAGUGUAUAGUCUGAUACCUAUUCUCCUCAACCAGGCUAGAUCACCGCAAACCGCCGUCGACAUUUCAAUCCAAAUACUCAAGGAUUCGUUCGCGGACUUGGACCGCAUUGAAGCUGAUAUUGUGGCAAGAUCUAAUCAAAUACCUUUGACGUUCUUGAUCGAAUCAUGCCGCCACUACUGCGCAGGUUUUAUUGAGUGGAGGUUCGUGGCAUCUUUCCCAUGA